AAACAGCUGUUUCAAGUUUACAGACGAUUGUACAUUUGAGGUUAAACUUCACUUUCACUUGAAAAAUAUUGACAAAUUGAAGUUGACUGACAUAUUUAUAUAAAAUCAGGUAAACUUCAUAAUAAGUUCUAUAGUGUAAUGGAAUCAUAUUCAGGAGUAAAGUUGGUUUUAAAAGAGUCUGGAAGUAAUAUUUUAAAGAAGUAUGUCACUCUGAACUCUGGAAACUUGAUGCCAGUUAUUGGAUUUGGCACAUUCAGAAUUCGUGGUUACAGCACUAUUCUGGCGACAUUAGACUACGCAUUACAAGCUGGAUAUAGGUCAUUCGAUACGGCUGCUGUUUAUGGCAAUGAAAAGGACAUUGGAAUAGCAUUGAAGAAACUUCUUCCUAAAUACAACUUAAAAAGAGAGGAUAUAUUUCUGACUACGAAACUAUCACCAGCUGAUCAAGGAGAGAACGCAGAUUCCGCUGUACGAGAAUCACUGAAAAAUCUGGACACUCCUUACCUGGACUUGUAUCUCAUCCACUGGCCGGGAGUCUCUGGGAUAUCGGUUGAUAAUCCUUCAACUCCUAAACUUCGCCAAGGGUCUUGGAAUGUUCUUGAAAAAUUGCAUGACAAUGGAAAGGGAGUACUGAAAGCUAUUGGAGUCUCAAACUACACUGCAAAACACCUCACGGAACUUUUGGAAAACUCUAAUGUGCCUCCAGCUGUCAACCAAGUAGAGUUCCACCCUCAGUACAGACAGCCGGAUGAACUGUACAAGGUCUGCGCAAAUUCGAACAUUCUGCUGCAGGCCUACUCUUCAUUGGGCAGCUCGACUCCGAACAGUCUCAUCAAUCACAGCACAGUCACCAGUCUGGCCAGCAAGUACAAAGUGUCCGCUGCCCGACUUCUGCUGCGUUUUGGACUCCAGUGUGGAUACGGUAUUAUACCGAAGUCCGUCACCGAAGAAAGGAUAAUUGAAAAUUCCAAGCUUGACUUUGUCAUUGAUGAAUCAGACAUGGACAAGUUAUUGAAUAUAGAGGAACAGAGGAAAGUCGCUUGGGAACCCAGUGUUGUAGUUUAACUAAUAUUAUAAAUCAACGCAAGCUUUGCACUUUAUAGGUAUGUAAAAUUAAUUAUACAAAUUAAGGAUAAACAUUAAUGAUACUUAAGGAAUAUUUUUAGAAAUGGUGAAUCGAAAUUUUCAUAUUUCAAGAAUUCAUUUAGCCAUGUUAGUGCCGUAUUGAUCUGAUGUUGAGUGGAGUAAACCACUGUACGACUGUACCUGCUUUGUUGUAUUUAUGUUUAUCUUUAUUGUUCCAUAGAGGAAGCUGACACUAUUCCUGUAUGCUUAUUUUAUUAUUGUACUGA